AUGGGUGAAGAAAGUACUAAUGGGGCAGAACACAAGCUAGAAACUGUUUCCAAACCUGACACAGACAACCAGAAAUCGCUUCGCUUGGGCCCACAAAUCAAACAUAUCAAACCUCCCUCCAAGCCCGAGCAGCCAGCCGACAGGUUCAGACUGUUCUCCGACGCCCCGCCGAGUCUUGUAGGCCUCAACCACUCUGCCGCCUGGUCGACGAGGUCAGUAGAUCAAGUCAAGUUCUCUUAUGCCCCUUUGCAGCUCCAUCGAUGCAAAGGGGCCUGUUUCCUGCUUUCUGACAACCGGCCAAGUCUUAUAGCCUCCCUCCAAGCCCGAGCAGCCCGCCGACAGGUUCAGACUGUUCUCCGACGCCCCGCCGAGUCUUAUAGACUGACUCCAAGCCACAAGCACCCCGCCGACUGGUCGACGAGCCUCCCUCCAAGCCCGAGCAGCCCGCCGACAGAUUCGGACUGUUCUCCGACGCCCCGCCGAGUCUUGUGGACUGACUCCAAGCCACAAGCAACCCGCCGACUGGUGGAAAAGCCUCCCUCCAAGCCCGAGCACCCCGCCGACACGUUCAGACUGUUCAGACUGUUCUACGACGCCCCACCGAGUCUUGUAGACUGCCUCCAAGCCACAAGCACCCGGCCGACUGGUCCACGAGACAUAUGA